AACAGGGGUUAAAAUUCCCCCUUUGCCCCUUUGGCAUCUUCCUGCCUGUGAUGAUAUCGGGCUGUCGGGUGAAGGCUUAGGAGAAAUGAAAGCUGAGAAACUGAGGCCCAUUUUUAAGUGAAGUUACUCGGGACCUGAUGCUAUGAUCAGACAGUCCUAUUUUCUUCGAUUGAGAUAAAGUGGGAGAAUUGGUACCUCUUUCUAUGGAUUUCCUCACUGUUGGCACGAAUCGCUCCAUGGAGUCUCACCUCAGUCCCAGCGAAUCAACCCUCAAAUUAGCCGCUCUUGGUUUGUUGAGCGCAAUCGCUCUAGUAAGCGCCAUGGGCGUCUUCGGGGUAAAGAAUAGCAUGCCUGUUGAAGGCAAGACUAUCCUGCUCACUGGCGGCUCGGAUGGCAUGGGCAGAAGCGUAGCCGUCAAGCUGGCGGCGAAAGGUGCCAAUGUGAUUAUAGUGGCACGGAACGUUCAGAGGCUGGAAGAGACGAUCGCAGCAAUGAAGUCGGCAGCAAAAUCCCCCAAGACGCAAAGGUUCCACCACAUACCCGCCGACGUAGGCAAGCCGGGCUAUGCCAUCGCGCUCCUCGAAGCCGCGACGACGUGGAACGGCGGGCAACCCCCCGACAUCGUGUGGACAGUAGCGGGCAUCGCGCACCCGACUCUUUUCGCCGACACUUCCGACGCUGUGCGCAUCGCGCGCCAGGCCAUGGACGUCAACUACUGGGGCACGGCGGAGCUGGCGCACGCGGUGCUGCGGGCCUGGUACGACCCGUCGAGUCCGGCGCCCGGCCCCACUGCAGAGCCGCGCCACCUCAUCUUCACGUCGACGGCGGCCGUGAUGGCCAGCAUCGCUGGGUACGGACUUUACGCACCGUCCAAGGCCGCGCUGCGCUGCCUCGCCGACGCCCUUAGCCAGGAGGUUCUGCUGUACCCGGAUCACCCGGUCAAGAUUCACGUCGUGCUACCCGGCACCAUCACCAGUGCCGCGUUUGAGAAAGAGCAGGAGAUCAAGCACCCAGUCACAAAGGCGCUCGAAAAAGACGACCCCGUGCAGUCGCCUGAGGAGGUGGCAGAGGCUUCCAUCAAGGGUCUGGAGCGCGGCAACUACCUCGUCACCGUCAACUGGGUGGGCGAGGCUUUGCGCUGGUCUACGAUUGGCAGUUCCUGGAGGAAUCACUGGGUCGUCGAUAUCCUGGGUGCCUGGCUUGCCCAGAUUAUCUGGAUCUUUGUGCUUUGGGAUAUGCGCAGUUCAAUUAUGUCCCACGUUAAGAAGCAUGGGCGACCAGAUAAUCAAGUCAAGGAGAGUUCUGUGACUGGGUAAUCUAUUGACGACUAUGCUGAUCAUUUGGCUCAAGAUAAUAUUUAUACAAUAAUUGAACUUGCCAAAUAGAGUGUAUAUGUAUGACUUCUUAUUUAUUUAUGACGCCACCUGAUCCAGGACAACAUAGCCAUAGGCUGAGUCUCAUCAAGGGCAGGUUGAACAUGGUUGUAAACGUGAUUGUUUGUCAUUCACUAGCAACAGCUUUAAUUGCAAUGGAUCUUAUCAAAAUAUCC